ACCGCGCGCCCCACCUCACUCGCUUUUUUCUCUCGUGCGCCUUAAGCGCCGAGCCAAUUAAUUAGCGAAAAUGCUGGCCGCCAAGUCGAUUGCUGGCCCCCGCGCCUUCAAGGCGUCGGCCGUCCGUGCCGCGCCCAAGGCCGGCCGCCGCACCGUUGUUGUGAUGGCCCGCAAGAACGAGGUCAGCGAGUCCUAUGCCAAGGCUCUGGUUGAGCUCGCCGACGAGAAGGGCAAGCUCGAGGCUGUGCACGCCGAUGUGGACGCGGUCGCCGGCCUGAUGAAGGAGAACGCCAAGCUGAGCGCUCUGAUCAUGAACCCCGUUGUGGAGUCGGACAAGAAGCGCGCUGUCCUGGCUAAGAUCGCCAAGGAGGCCGGCUUCCAGCAAUACACGAUUAACUGGCUCAACCUGCUGGUGGAGAAGGACCGCCUGUCGCUGGUCCCUGAGAUUUGCGAGUGCUUCGAGGACCUCUACUGCCAGAUGACUGACACCCAGGUCGCUACUCUGCGCUCGGCUGUGAAGCUGGAGCAGGAGCAGCAGUUCCUGAUCGCCAAGAAGCUGCAGGAGCUCACCGGCAGCAAGAACAUCAAGCUGAAGCCCGUGAUUGACUCCAGCCUGAUUGCCGGCUUCGUGGUGGAGUAUGGCAGCAGCCAGAUUGACCUGUCCGUUCGCGGCCAGAUUGAGCGCGUCGCUGACCAGCUGACCAAGGAGAUGACCGCCAAGCUGUCGUAAACUUCCAGCUGGAUUCUUCGAGCACUGGCGUUGCAGGGACAUUGAUCUCGAUUGCGGAGUGGGGGAGGCGGCAGCGGCCGCGACGUGCUGCGGGACUUGGCGAGCGCCAGAGCGGCCGAGCUGGGCGCAGCACGAUGGAGGGCGGGCCGUGUGCAGAGGAGCGGUUGGGCAGGGGUGUCCCCGGGGGGCCUCCUCUGGGGCACAGCAUUUUUGCACGGCUUGGUGGGAGUGCGUGUGAGUGAGCCAGAGGGGGGUUCAGGCACGAAGGCCUGCGGGCUGGACCGAAGAGUAGACAACCAUAUCACAAUUUUUGUGGCGCCGCUCCCAACGGCGACAGGCGUUGGGGCGCGCACUUCCGUGUUGGGGAGGGGCAGUUGCGGCAGAUGCCGCACCGUCUCGGAUGCGGAUGCACAAUUUUGUUUGUUAGCAAACUCAGUGCGGGAUGCACGGCGCAUGUAGCGUGCACGCACUCGUGCGCUGUCGUCCGCCCGAAGAUGAGGCGCUCGUCUCCCUGCGGGUGGCUCCCUGAUGGGGCCCGUGCUGUAACUGAGAAGAGAAGAAUAAGGAUCAUUUUGGCUGGCAAUCUGGCUGGUUUGGUCCGUGUUGAAACUUAAUAGUUCUUUCAGGGACAGAAACUACACAUCCAGCAAGCUUAUGGGGGAAAGGUAAUGGCUUUGAGGGGAUCGUGCAGCGCUGCAGAGGCACUGUGCAAUGCCUACAGAGCGCCCCCUACACGAACGAGGUCAAAUCCUGUAGGGUAGAUACGCGGGGAGAGCUGGUAUCUACCGUUAUCUACG